UAAGGACACUCAAUCUGAAUUUGGAGAACAAGAGAAGAGGUUUUAGCAUGAGGAGCAUGAGAACUGGAGAGGGGUCCCGGGUUCUUCAGACAAGCCUGUUUUUCUUCAUCGGCGGGAUUCUCAAGAACACGUGAUGUUACACUCGGCUUUGGCUCUCUGCCUCUUCCUGGUUGCAGUGUCUUCCAACCUUGCCAUUGCCAUCAAAAAGGAGAAGAGGCCUCCUCAGACACUCUCAAGAGGAUGGGGAGAUGACAUCACUUGGGUACAGACUUAUGAAGAAGGUCUCUUCCAUAUUCAAAAAAGUAACAAGCCAUUGAUGGUCAUUCAUCACUUGGAGGAUUGUCAAUACUGCCAAGAACUCAAAAAAGUGUUUGCCCAAAAUGAAGAAAUACAAGAAAUGGCUCAGAAUAAUUUCAUCAUGCUGAAUCUCAUGCAUGAGACCACAGAUAAAAAUUUAUCACCAGAUGGGCAAUAUGUGCCUAGGAUCAUGUUUGUGGAUCCUUCUUUAACAGUCAGAGCUGAUAUAACUGGAAGAUACUCUAAUAGACUGUACACAUAUGAACCACAGGAUUUACCGAUAUUGAUAGAAAACAUGAAGAAAGCAUUGAAACUUAUUCAAUCAGAGUUAUAAGAGAUUACCUCGAAGAGGUCAAAUGUAUGAAGACGACCUUCUGGUGAACUCACUAAUACUAAAUGUGCAACUAUAUGGACUCUGUGAUGUUACCAUUUGGAUUUUUAAUGUGCUUGGUAUAUUCUUGUGAAGGUAAAGUUAUAUUUCAAUAAAGGUCACAAUCUGAGCAUAACAAUGUAGUAGCAGCUUGACUUCUGUCUGCAUCAGUAGCAACGGAAGCUGGACACGAACUGGGAGUUAGGUUAGGGUAGAGAAAGGGCCUCCAGAAGAGAUACCUACAUACACUGGUUGUCUUGAUUUCCUCACCUCCCUCUCCCUCCACCAUGUGAUCUCAUCUUAAUUCUGCUCCUCCACUGUACUGAACCUGCCAGCAUAAAUCAUAAGGAAUGUGCACGCUGCCAGAGCAAAUGGAGACACUUCUGUGCACUUACCAUUUGAACUUUUAACCGCAUAUUUCAGAAUUAACCUUUUACUUCUUUUCUUACCUUAAAUUUAAAAACUAAUUGUAAUAAAUUAAAGAUAUACUUUAAAAUUUUAACAAUGAGUUUUCCUUAAUUAUUGGGUGGA